CACACACGCAUACACACAAACACACACGCACACACACACACAUAUGCAUACACACACGCACAUACACACACAGGCCUAUUGUGUGCCUGUGUUUACAUUCAGGUUUGACUCUCUGACCUCCAUCUACAAGGCAAAGGGUGUUUGCACUUGGUGGGUCUGGGAGGUGGUUGUUACCAAGUGGGCCACCAAGUACAUAACAUGGAAAUAAAACAUUCUCUAUUGACAUACAACUAACCAUAAUUGUGUGUAUGUGAGUCAUGCUUCGAUCCGUGUGUAUUGUCCCAACCAGAGAAAAAAGCUAUUACGCAAUCCAGGAAUGCAUUUCUGUAAUAGUUCUCAUGACGUGAGGUGACUAACUUGUUUUACAGGACACGCUGCUGAAUGAAACAAACUGAACAGGGAAGCUGACAUUCAUGUGGACUCAACCAUUGAACUCAAACUAGUAUCAUUUACAUUUUCAGUAAAUCUACAAUCUAAUUGUCCCGGCUCUUCAGUGGGUCUUGACAUGACUAUGCUUAUGUAAAUAGACAGACAUAUGCUAUGUAGGUUUUACAUUUGCUUUAUGCUUAACUGAUAAUACACAAAGCCCAAGGAUAUAGACUUUGAUCCGCCUGAGCGCUUUGGGUAUACUUUUACCAUAAUAAACAUUCAGGGUUCUUGGAUAUUACUUCUGUAUUGCUUCUGUAAUACUUUGUGUUUCGUGUCACUGUGUUUUUUGUUUGAUUGAGGCUGUGUGGGUGUGAGCGAGAGAGAGACAGAGAGGGGAGAGAGAGACAGAGAGGGGAGAGAGAGACAGAGAGGGGAGAGAGUGUGUGGGCUGGACAAGGACACAGAGGGGAGGGAUCAUGCCAUGGUUAAGACAUUCACUACAUGACUCAACCUACCAUAUACCAGUUACCUAGCAAUGACAGAAUACACUAACAUCAAAACUGUUGGAUUUUACUGAAUACUUAAUUACCAUAUUCCCUAACCGUGAAGAGUUUUAGCUUUUUCAACCAAGGAAACUCUGACAGAUGGGUGUGAAGAUGAAGUAUCUAUGCUGUAUUCACCUCCAUUCCUUGAUACUGCCUGCAGUCUGAUAUCAGGACGUUGGUUUCAGUCCAGACUUCUACCGAAGCCCAUUGACAGGAAAUAGGACUCGUUCAACUUGUUCUCCAUGUGUCACCAGAAAUACAGAGGCGUACUGAUGGAGUUGUGUGUGGAUAUAUCUGACAACAGUUGGCACAUCAUAAUCCCAGAAGAAAGAAGCACUAGUGCUUGAGGAUCCAAAUGGUACAAACCCCUGAAUGUGGCCAAUUUGAGGACAAUUAUGAAAGCAAUGUUUUUUGGGUGGUCGCUGCUCUCCAUACAGCUUUUGGUUUUGGCUUUGGAGUUGGAGAUGAUUGACUAUGAGAGUCAACACGUCACCUGCUCAAAGGGUCUCUCUAACUGCACAGUGAAGGCAGGUCCUGGGAUUCUGAUCCAAGGGUGUCCUGUGGAUGAAAAAGGUCUGGCGGUGCAGCCUGUGCUGUGCUGCAGACAGGGCACAGCAUGCAGACCUUGCCUACACAUUCGCCUUGACAUCCAGCCCAGAAACCACCAGACAGCAUCGUAUGUGAGUGUGUGUUACAUUGUGCCAGAGCUAAUAAUGCCUCUGUGCAAAAAGCUCGAGUUCACAGUGAUCCCUGCUGCUCUGGAUGAGCAAGCUUCAUCCAAGCAGGCAUGGCUGUCACUGCUGAUUGAGUCUGAAGCAGUGUCCUUCAGCAGUCAGGUGACUGUGUAUGUUUGCAUCUUUCGCUCUACUGUGGUGCUUCCGUCAGUGGAUGAAGUGUGUUCAUCCGCCUCACAGGGAGUUGUAGAGGAAUGUGAAGUCCCCAGUUUCAGCACUCUGAUUGAUCAGGAGAGACGUGAGGUGAUGCUGCAAGUCGCCAAGGAAGAGGACAGCCCCCACCCACUAGAAAUGUGCCUACAACAUGAAGAUAAUGGAGUCUGCAGGGCCUGGAAAGAGAAGCCAGUUCCACUGCACUCUGUCACCCCCUGCAUGUGCUUCCAGUUGUGGUGGGAUAAAGGAGAUGAGAGAUCUCGUCGAUCUAUGAGCUGUCCUUUUAGGAACAACACCGAGAUGUUCCAGAGGAACGUAUGGGAGAAUGUGUCAGUAUCUGUGGUGCAGCGCCAGAUGAACAGUGGCGGUGCAAUGCUGUCCUGGAACCUAACUGCCCCCUGUAGGCUGGAGGCUGAAGUGUGGCCCUGCCAGAGAGAUGCAGGCGUGGACAAGGACAGAUGCACAGAGCUGGGGGAUAUUAGGCAGCGUCUGUCAAAUGACAUAUGGAGGGAAAAUGACAGGGGACACUGGCUGAUGCCAGGUGUGUUUGAGGAUGUCAAACCUGGUCUUGAUCUCUGUGUGAUGGUGAAGGUAAAAGGGAAGAACAGUGAGCUUGGCCCCUUCUGUCCCAUUGACUCCAGUAGGUGGCACUGGCGCUGGAGUCUGCUUAUCCUGGUCUCCCUGAUGCUGGCAGGCCUAGCAGUAAUAUGUCUCUAUUUCCUGCAUUGCAAACUGAAACGGUGGGCAUGGGAAUGGCACCAGAAGGAGUGGGAUCAACUACCUAUAAGGGGUCAUGUGGUGCUGCUGAGCCCGCCGGAUGUGGAUGGCUCUGUGUCAGAGCUGGUGUGUGAGCUUGGCUCCUCUCUGCGUGCCAGGGGCCUCAGUGUGUCUGUGGACCUGUGGAAUCGGGCUGAGAUGUGCUCUCUGGGGCCCCUGCCCUGGCUGCACUCCCAGCUGCAGCCCUUGAACAGCCAGGGGGGCCGGGCCUUACUGGUACUGACGCAGGCAGCCUGGAAGAAGGCAGAGGACUGGGGCCGACAGUGGGACCAGCAGGGCCAGCAGGGAAGGGACAUAGCCCAGGGAGUGGAGGAGGAGAAGGGGGACGAGGAAGUAGAGGGGGAGGAUAAGAGGCUUCUCCAGGGCUUGUCCUCCCCAUACGCGGACGUGUUCAGUGCCGCUCUGAGCUGCAUCAAGGUGGACCACCAACAAGGCUGCGCUGGAAAGCGUUUCCUCCUGGUCCAUUUUGAGUCCCAUUCUGCCAAGCCCCUCAGCAGUGAAAGGGGUCUCCCAGAGCUGUUCCAAGGGCUGCCCUUGUUUCACCUGCCCUCCCAGAGCCAGGGGCUCCUCGUUGAGCUGGCCAUAGGGUCUAAAGGGCCUGGAGCUGGUAUAGGUGGACAGAGGGGCUGAAGGAGGCUACACACGGACUGUCUGGGAAAGGCAUCGGGAUACCUGAUGAAGGGGUUUCCCCAUAAGUAUGUUGUCACUGGAGUGGAGAACAGCUUGGAGACUGUGCUCUUACAGCAGAGCAGUCACCCUGAGGUCUAAUUCCCCCCAACCAUCCAAGCUUGCUCACAUCAUUACACCAACACCCCCAGCCAUUCACUUUACAUUAGCACUGCAAUACACUGGACGCAACGUGUUGGAUAAAGAAUCAUUGGAUUAUAUGUGGUGAUGUUAUGAGGGCUACUAUUAUUGAGCGUGUUUGAAACAACAACACAGCUGUCACCUGCAGUACACCUUGAGGAUGGACUUCUAUGUGUGAAACUAUUAUAUAGGAGAGACCGUGGAACAAAGUAACAGUUUUAGGCUUUUGUUUAGUAUGAAAAUAAUAUUAGAGGUAGAUUCAUAAUCUUUUUAUACAAACAUACAUAUCUUAGCUACCAUUACACACUGUAACUAAGUUUUACAUCUGUAGAAACUAUCAGAAUAGAAAGGUUCAGAACUUUUUUGAAACAUAUAUGGCAGCUAGAAAUCAAAACUGGAUGGUCUUCAGAGA